CAGGGGGAGGUGACCUGCGGUGGCGGCGGCGGCGGGCGAGUGGAAAUGGGGGCUCACUUGGGGCGACGUUAUAUUUGGGGCGAUGCGGAGGUGGAGCCGGACCCCUUGAAGAUGCCCACCUUUCCCCCUGACUACGGCUUUCCGGAGCGCAAGGAGCGGGUGAUGGUGGCCACGCAGAAAGAGAUGAACGACGCACAGCUGUUGCUGAAGCAGCGGGAUUACUGCGCACAUCACCUCAUCAAGCUGCUCAAGUGCAAACGGGACAACUUCCCCAACUUCCUGGCCUGCAAGCACGAGCGGCACGACUGGGACUACUGCGAGCACCUGGAUUACGUGAGUCGCAUGAAGGAGUUUGAACGGGAGAGGCGCCUGUUGGCCAGGAAGAAACGCCGGGAGCUGAAGGAAGCAGCGCAGCUUUCAGCGUAGAUGGGGGAGCGGGGUCCCCUGGGCCACGUGGCCCGGGCUCUGUCUGGCCAGAGGCUCGGCCCACGUGCGUGUAAGAUAGUUGGAAAAAUAAACCCAACGGCCUUCAACGUGAA